CAUUCGUCCAUUUUUAAUUCAACCACAUAUCGAGCAAGUUCUGCACGUGUUUUUAUAAAAAAGUGAAAAUAAAUUAUAGAUAUUAAAGGGUAAAGAAAAUAUUUGUUAAAAAAUCAAAAACAAAAAUUACAAUGUCCACUACUUCAGAAGACGAAGAAAAUAUUGUAAGUGGUGAAGAAGAAGAGGAGGAGGAUUUAGAGGAAGAAGCCUCUGAAGAGGAACAAGAUGAAGAAUCUGACAAUGAUGAAGAACACGAGGCUGAAGAGGAUACAAAUGGUAACUCAGCCGAAGCUAAUGAUGCCGCUGAUGGUGAUAAAGAUGAUAAACCCAUGACGUGGAAGGAAUUGGGUCUUAAUGAUACCUUGUGCAAAUCUUGUGAAGAAUUAAAAUGGAAGGCGCCUUCCAAAAUUCAGAAAGAGGCCAUACCAGUGGCUUUACAAGGCAAAGAUGUUAUUGGCUUGGCUGAAACCGGUUCGGGUAAGACAGGUGCCUUUGCUUUACCCAUUCUACAGGCCUUGUUGGACAAUCCACAAAGAUAUUUUGCCUUAAUUCUAACGCCUACUCGUGAAUUGGCUUUUCAAAUAUCAGAACAAUUUGAGGCUUUAGGCAGUUCCAUUGGUGUCAAAUGUUGUGUGGUAGUGGGAGGUAUGGACAUGGUUUCCCAAGCUUUACAACUGGGUAAAAAACCUCAUAUUAUAAUUGCUACUCCUGGUCGUUUGGUCGAUCAUUUGGAAAAUCUUAAAGGUUUUAAUCUAAAGGCCAUUAAAUAUCUGGUCAUGGAUGAAGCAGAUCGUAUACUUAAUAUGGACUUUGAAGUAGAAUUAGAUAAAAUUCUCAAAGUUUUGCCUAAAGAGAGGAGAACUUUCUUGUUCAGUGCCACGAUGACAAAGAAAGUCAAAAAAUUGCAAAGAGCUUCGUUAAAGGAUCCUGUCAAAGUUGAAGUUUCCAAUAAAUAUCAGACUGUUGAACAAUUGCAGCAAUAUUACAUAUUCAUACCGGUCAAAUAUAAAGAUGUUUACCUUGUACACAUACUCAAUGAAUUGGCUGGCAAUAGUUUUAUGAUUUUCUGCAGUACUUGUAAUAACACCGUAAAAACAGCUUUAAUGUUAAGAGCUUUGGGUUUGGCUGCCAUUCCUUUGCAUGGUCAAAUGUCACAAAACAAACGUUUGGCUGCCCUCAACAAGUUCAAAGCGAAAAAUCGUUCUAUUCUCAUAUCCACCGAUGUGGCGUCCAGAGGUUUGGAUAUACCCCAUGUGGAUGUUGUGUUGAAUUUCGAUAUUCCCACCCAUAGUAAAGAUUAUAUACAUCGUGUUGGUCGUACAGCACGUGCUGGUCGUUCGGGUAAAGCUAUCACAUUUGUCACUCAAUACGAUGUUGAAUUGUAUCAACGCAUAGAACAUUUAUUGGGCAAACAAUUGCCCUUGUAUAAGUGCGAAGAAGAUGAAGUUAUGGCCUUGCAAGAACGUGUUAGUGAGGCUCAACGUACUGCCAAAUUGGAACUUAAAGAUAUUGAAGAAUCUAAGGGCGCCAAGGGUCGCUUUAAAAAGGGCGGUGAUGAUUUUGAUGAUUCAGAACAAUUUACUGGUGCCCGUAAACGUCUAAAAACCGGCGGUGGUGGUGGUGGUAAAACAAAUUGGAAAAAAGCUAAAAGGAAGUAAUUUUCUUUGAAAAUAAAUGUAAAACUGUAUUGUUGUUUUCAGUAGACUUUAGUUAUAUUUUGUAAUCUAUUUUUAAAAAAACAAAAAAAUGUAAUAUUAAAUUUACAUUAACAAUA